UACAGUGCAUUUGACAAUUUAUUUAGACCCAUUUACUUUCUCCAUUUUGUUACUUUACAGCCUUAUUCUGAAACUGAGUACAUUUUGUCAAUUGACACACACUUGACUUAGUCUCCCUGCCACUGAAAAACAUCCACACAGUAUGAUGCUGCCACCUAUGCUUCACCAAAGGGAUGGUGCCAGGUUUCCGCUAGACCUGAUGCUUAGCAUUCAGGCCGUCGUGUUCAAUCUUGGAUUCGUAAGACCAGAUAAUCUUGUUUCUCAUGGUCAGUCCUUUAGGUGCCUUUUGACAAACUCCAAGCAGGCUGUCAUGUGCCUUUUACUGAGGAGUGGCUUCUGUCUGGCCACUGCCAUAAAGGCCUGAUUGGUGGAGUGCUGCAGAGUUGGUUGUUCUUCUGGAAGGUUCUAUCCCCAGAAGAACUCUGGAGCUCUGUCAGUGUGGCCAUCAGGUUCAUGGUCACGGCCCUGACCAAGGCCCUUCUCCCGAUUUGGCCGGGCAGCCAGCUCUAGGAAGAGUCUUGCUGGUUCCAAACCUCUUUUCAUUUUAAGAAUGAUGGAGAUCACUGUGUUCUUGGGGGAACUUCAAUGCUGCAGGCUUUUUUUAUUUUUUUUAGUACCCUUCCUCAGAUCUGUGCCUUGACACAAUCUAGUCUCGGAGCUUUACGGACAAUUCCUUCAACCUCAUGGCUUGGUUUUGCUCUGACAUGCACUGUCAGCUGUGGGACCUUUUUAUAUAGAUAGGUGUGUGCCUUUUCCAAAUCAUGUCCAAUCAAUUACGGUAAAUAACGGUAAAUAAUAAUAAUUGAAUUUACCACCGGUGGACUCCCAAGUUUUAGAAACAUCUCAAGGAUAUUCAAUGGAAACAGGAUGCACCUGAGCUCAAUUUAGUCUCAUAGCAAAGGGUCUGAAAUACUUUUUAUUUUUUACAUUUUCAGACAUUUCUUAACAUGUUUUUGCUUUGUCAUUAUGGAGUAUUGUGUGUAGCUUGAUGAGGAGCAAAAAUGUAUUUAAUCCAUUUUAGAAUAAGGCUGUAACGUAACCAAUGUCUAAAGGGAAGGGGUCUGAAUACUUUCCCAAUGCAAUGUAUAUACCUUAAUAUUUAAGUUGCGUAAGUUUUAACUUGCAAUCCCUUUAUUACUAAGUCAUAGUUAAGUAAGGCUGAGAAACAAUGCCCACUGCUAAUUAAGUCAAUCAUAUUUAUUUGUGUGUAUGUAUGUGUAAUAUAUAUAUAUAUAUAUAUAUAUAUGUAAUAUUUGGUAUUUCCUUGUAGUUAGGAACAUAUUUCACCCAUCCAGGAUUGACUAUAAACAUGAUGCCAGUUAACAUGAAGGGUAAUGGGCCCAAAUGUAUGUUGAAGGUGCAUUUUGCCUUCAGAAAGUAUUCAAAAUGGAUUAAAUAUUUUUGUUCUCACCCAUCUACACACAAUACCUCAAUGACAUGUUUUUACAACUGUAUUAAAGGAAAUGCAGCAAUAUUCCAUUUAAAUAAAUAUUCACACCCCUGAGUCAGUAUGUGUUAGAAUCGCCUUUGGCAGUGAUUACAGCUGUGAGUUUUUCUGGGUAAGUCUAAGCUUUGGACACCUGGAUUGCACAAUAUUUGCACAUUUCUCUCUCAAAUUAUUCAAACUCUGUCAAGUUGGUUGUUGAUCGUUGCUAGAUAGCCAUUUUCAAGUUUUGCCGUAGAUUCUAAAGCAGAUUUAAGUAAACUGUGACUAGGCCACUCAGGAACAUUGUGUUGUCUUGGUAAGAAACUACAGUGUAUAUUUGGCCUUUGUGUUUUAGGUUAUUGUCCUGCUGAAAGUUGAAUUUGUCUUUUGGAAAGCAGACUGAACCAGGUUUCCCUCUAGGAUUUUGCCUGUGCUUAGCUCUAUUCCACUUAUUUUUAUCCUAAAAAAAAUUCAGUCCUUGCCGAUGACGGGCAUACCCAUAACAUGAUGCAGCCACCACCAUGCUUAAAAUUUGGAGUGGUACUCUGAUGUGUUGUUGGAUUUGUCCCAAACUUUAUGUCCUGAAUACAAAGCAUUAUGUUAAGUUCUUUGGCACAUUUUUGGCAUUUUUACUUUAGUGUGUUAUUGCAAACAAGAUGCACGUUUUGUGUGUAGGCUAGUGACACAUCUACAUUUCAAAUUCAAGCUGUAACACAAUACAUGGAAAAAGUAAAGGGGUGUGAAGGCACUGUACAUCACAAUAUUGGUUGCACAAACCCAGGUAGCAACAGUUAUGUUGUUGGUAAAGAUUUUUUAUUGGUGAGUUUUACCUUCCGUAUAUCAUAUUUACAGUGACGUUCUCAUGACCAGAGAUGUCUCAAAGCUGUAAGUUAAUCAUUUUCCGGGAAGGAUAAUUUUUGCGCAGUUUGUUUCAACAUAAGGGUUGGUGUUAAUUGCACAGGAAGUCUUUGGUCACACAGGAAGUCUUUGGUCACGGUUGCAGAAAUAGGAAAAUGUUUUAGAAGAAUGAAACAUGACAUGCUAUAAUUCUAGCCAGCACUUGACAUCAUACAGUGUAUUGGGAGGAGGUAAACGGUUUCCUGAACAUUUUAUAUGAAAGUUUGUUUAAAGUGGACUCUGGAGGAGGGACUUUGAAGAACCAUGUCUGGCAAGAAGUCAAGAAAAGUGAGAAUGGGAUCAUCACGUCAACCCCGUCAGAAUCAAGAGGAACAUGAGACUAACAAAGAUGAUGAUGGGUCCCAAAUGUUGUCAAAGGAAAGGAAAGUCAUUGAAGUUGGGGCUGAUUCAGUUUCAGUGAUACUCCAAACGGACCUUGUCUCAUCAGAUAACUUAUCAACAAUAACACAACAGCACACAGAAAUAAAUAAUCCACCAUUAAAUGACGUCACAGAGUCACAUCUGUCUCAACCUGUAAACCCAUAUCUUCUAAAAUCACUUGACACUGCAGGGAAGAGAAGGAAAAUGGGGUCUACUCGUCAGAAUAAAAGAAAACCAGAGGAGACAGACUUUGGGGAGAAACAAGACGCCAAAACUGGAGACGCAGAAAAAUCCCUACAACUUCAGACGUCCAUUGCAGUUAUGGAAUCCUGGUCCUACAGCAACACAGAAGAGCUCCUGGAUCCAAAAGAAAGUGAAAAGGACACUGAGAGGCUUUUGUUUGCUUCUAACACACUCGACCAACCGGAUGUCAGAUGUAAAGAGGAAGUUGGUGAGGAUAUUGAACCUGGUAAUGAAGCUGUGGCUAGUUAUAGCAGUGAAUUGCUUCAAGAUACUCUUGGAACCAAAUCACUCUUGCAUCUGCCCCUAGACCUUGCGUUGCAAGUUGUUCAUGGAUUCGCUGCUGAACCCAUAACAGAGGAGUUGAAGAAAGAGGAAGAGAGGAGGCAGGAAAGUGAGCAUGCCGAGGUGGAGUCCUCCACAUUUCUCAGCUCUAGGCAUUCAUUAGAUCAAUCCCUUGAGUCAGACACUUUAACCAACACAGAAGAGUUUGAGUCAUUCAAUAACACAAUAAUCCUCCAAAGUGGAGAAGGUCAAGAGAAACUUGAACCUGUUGUAAAUGAGUCAGAAUUGCAAGAUGAUAUUAACUCUACUGGUCCAGGCAAUCAGGAAACAUUGCACCAAAGAGAUGAAGAUGAGAACUUUGUUAAUCUGAUAGUUGAGGAAAAUAUUGUACUGGCAAAUAUAACUCAUUUUAGACAACCAGACCAUGUAGAAAGCUAUGAACCUGAACAGAGUGAGGAUAUUACCUGCUUUUUACAAUCAACCCCCUCAGACAGCUCUUUGGGUCAUGACAAAAGUGCUCAAUCAGAAUCCAGGAGAAGAAAGAUGGGUUCAACUCGCAGGAAUCCUAGAGGUAGACAUGAGGAGGAAGAACAUGGAGAGAGUAAGAUGCGUAGAUAUCGUCACCUUUAUGAUGAGGGAGAAGAGGUCAUAUUGGGAAAAGAAGAAAUGUUUGGCAUCGAAGAGACUGAGUUUGAAAUAUCUAUGGAGCCUAAAGAUAGCGCCAGUGUAGACGAGAAAGAAGGAGAGCAGAUGGAAAAGGAGAAUUUCCAAACAGAGGAAGACACAGAAAACAUAGAAGAGACAGGAAGGAGGUUAGAGUGGGACAUGGGAACAGUGGGAGGAUCUGGUGUUGAAACAUCGGAAGAGUCUCUGAUGUUAUUGGAACGGGAGCAUGGAGCAGAUGAGGAGAAGAAAGGAAUGGAAGAAGAAAGUCUGAUUGAACCCACCCCUUUUGAUCAAUACAUCGAUUCAUUUGGUAUUGCAGAUCAAUUAUAUAAACAAGAGAAAGGCAACAGAUUCACUGUAGACUCUGUCAAUACAGAAACUGAGAGCAACAAUGAAGCAAGCAUGGCCCACAUAGUUGACCCAAGAGCGCCAUUCAGUGUUGGACUGGACCAAUCAGGAGACACUUUACUCAGGGAGGAAGAGGUUAGUGAUUUCACACUGCUUGUGAAUAAUUCUGAAGUGAGCAAGAGCAGCCAAAUAGCAUAUGACUGUGCUCUUACACUAGAGUCAGAUGACACUUUCAGCACUGAUCCCAAAAUCUCUCCUAGUCAACUCAUCCAAACUCCCUGUAUGGAAAUCACUAACCCCUUUCUCAACCCAUUAUUACCGCAGAGUAUUCAGGGGAAUGAGGAGGAUGCAAACACUGACCCCAAUACCACAGGGGGACUGGACACAUCAGAGGUCAUUUUACUCAGUGAAGAGGAAAUGAGUGAUCAUGUGCCGCUUGUAAAUGAAGUGAGUGUCAGUAGCCAAAUGACGUGUGAUGAUAGAACUCUCACAACAGAGCCCUGCCAAACAGAUGAGGCUUUGAGCACUGAUCCCAAUAUCUCUGCUAGUCAACUCAACCAAACUCCAUACUCGGAUGAAAGCCAUAACUCUUUUCCCAAUUCACUCUUACUGCAGAGUGUUCAGGACCAAGGUGAUAAUGCAGCAAACACCGACUCCAAUCAGAGUCCUUCUCCAAGCAGGAGGAGAAAGAUGGGGUCGACUCGUAGGCAUCCUAGAGGUGUACAAAGAGAAGAGGAAGGCACAGAGGAGAAACAAGAAGGGGAAAUAGAAAGCACAGAGGAGAUAGAAGACAAGAGAGAAAACAUGGAUGCAGUGGAAGGUUCUUGCAUGGAGUUUGAAAUGUUGAUGGAAUCUAAGGAUGGAGCUGGUAAUGAGAAGAAUGAAGGAGAAGAGAGAAAUGAGGAGACUGUCCUGACUGACCUCAGCUGGUCAUUCAGUACUUCAAAUCAAGAGGGAAGAAACAUAGAGGCUGACAAUAUAGAAAGUGAGAGCCAAUCAAUUAUAAAGGAAUCAAUGGACACAAAACUCUUGCUUCUACGUGAAGCAGAGUUGACUCAGAUUAGUCAAACUCUUCACAACCCUUACCCUGAUGUUCCUACUAGAGAGUCAUAUGACUCCUACCUGACCGAUGACACACUGAACUCAAAUCCUGCCAUCACUGGUUUGCAACACAAAGGAACAUCAUUGGAGGAAACACUUGAUGAAUCAAGAGGAAACACUGACUCCCCUCCAGAUCCACCCUCACUGCAGAGUUCUCUUGGUCCAGAGGAAACAGCAGAGGUAGAAUCCUACACUCCAGGGAGGAAAAGGAAGAUCGGUUCCACUCGCAGCAAGACUCAUCGAGGUAGAAAAGGAGAGGAGAGAAGAGAGGAGGGACAGGAGGAGGAGGAGAAAGGAGAAGACACAGAUGUUAUAGGAGAGGUGGGAGAUGUCAUUAUAACAGCAGAAAUGGAUUCUAGCAUAGAAAAGACUGAGCUUGUAGAGCUUGAGGAACUUCUAGAAAAAGUGACAGAGGAGCAGGCGAUGGGAGACCCAGUGAUCAUAGUAGUGGAGGGAGAGGUCAACAUAGUAGUAGAAGGAGAAUCUGGCAUCGAAAAGUCUGAGCUUGUAGAACAUACAGAAAAAGUUGGAGAGGCGGAGGAGAUAGAAGUAGAAGUGAAAAUAGUCGCAGAGAGCGAGAGCAACCAAACUCCCUCUGACACAGCAGCUCUUACAGUAGAGGCCCAAGAGUCAGGUGACAUGGUUUGUAUAGAGCCAUAUAUAACAUCACAAUACAUGGAAGACAAUAAUCCCUCAUUAAAUGACCUCACAGAAUUUAAUCUGUCUCAAACUGAAAACCCAUAUCUGCUGGAAUCACCUGACACUGCAAAGAAGAGAAGGAAAAGGGGUUCUACUCGUCGGAAUAAAGGUAAACAAGCAGAGACAGACUUUGGGGAGAAACAAGACGCCAAAACUGGAGACGCAGAAAAAUCCCUACAACUUCAGACGUCCAUUGCAGUUGUGGAAUCCUGGUCCUACAGCAACACAGAAGAGCUCCUGGGUCCAAAAGAAAGUGAAACGGACACUGAGAGUUUUUUGUUUGCUUCUAACACACUCGACCAACCGGAUGUCAGAUGUAAAGAGGAAGUUGGUGAGGAUAUUGAACCUGGUAGUGAAGCUGUGGCUAGUUAUAGCAGUGAAUUGCUUCAAGAUACUCUUGGAACCAAAUCACUCUUGCAUCUGCCCCUAGACCUUGCGUUGCAAGUUGUUCAUGGAUUCGCUGCUGAACCCAUAACAGAGGAGUUGAAGAAAGAGGAAGAGAGGAGGCAGGAAAGUGAGCAUGCCGAGGUGGAGUCCUCCACAUUUCUCAGCUCUAGGCAUUCAUUAGAUCAAUCCCUUGAGUCAGACACUUUAACCAACACAGAAGAGUUUGAGUCAUUCAAUAACACAAUAAUCCUCCAAAGUGGAGAAGGUCAAGAGAAACUUGAACCUGUUGUAAAUGAGUCAGAAUUGCAAGAUGAUAUUAACUCUACUGGUCCAGGCAAUCAGGAAACAUUGCACCAAAGAGAUGAAGAUGAGAACUUUGUUAAUCUGAUAGUUGAGGAAAAUAUUGUACUGGCAAAUAUAACUCAUUUUAGACAACCAUACCAUGUAGAAAGCUAUGAACCUGAACAAAGUGAGGAUAUUACCUGCUUUUUACAAUCAACCCCCUCAGACAGCUCUUUGGGUCAUGACAAAAGUGCUCAAUCAGAAUCCAGGAGAAGAAAGAUGGGUUCAACUCGCAGGAAUCCUAGAGGUAGACAUGAGGAGGAAGAACAUGGAGAGAGUAAGAUGCGUAGAUAUCGUCACCUUUAUGAUGAGGGAGAAGAGGUCAUAUUGGGAAAAGAAGAAAUGUUUGGCAUCGAAGAGACUGAGUUUGAAAUAUCUAUGGAGCCUAAAGAUAGCGCCAGUGUAGACGAGAAAGAAGGAGAGCAGAUGGAAAAGGAGAAUUUCCAAACAGAGGAAGACACAGAAAACAUAGAAGAGACAGGAAGGAGGUUAGAGUGGGACAUGGGAACAGUGGAAGGAUCUGGUGUUGAAACAUCGGAAAAGUCUCUGAUGUUAUUGGAACGGGAGCAUGGAGCAGAUGAGGAGAAGAAAGGAAUGGAAGAAGAAAGUCUGAUUGAACCCACCCCUUUUGAUCAAUACAUCGAUUCAUUUGGUAUUGCAGAACAAUUAUAUAACCAAGAGAAAGGCAACAGAUUCACUGUAGACUCUGUCAAUACAGAAACUGAGAGCAACAAUGAAGCAAGCAUGGCCCACAUAGUUGACCCAAGAGCGCCAUUCAGUGUUGGACUGGACCAAUCAGGAGACACUUUACUCAGGGAGGAAGAGGUUAGUGAUUUCACACUGCUUGUGAAUAAUUCUGAAGUGAGCAAGAGCAGCCAAAUAGCAUAUGACUGUGCUCUUACACUAGAGUCAGAUGACACUUUCAGCACUGAUCCCAAAAUCUCUCCUAGUCAACUCAUCCAAACUCCCUGUAUGGAAAUCACUAACCCCUUUCUCAACCCAUUAUUACCGCAGAGUAUUCAGGGGAAUGAGGAGGAUGCAAACACUGACCCCAAUACCACAGGGGGACUGGACACAUCAGAGGUCAUUUUACUCAGUGAAGAGGAAAUGAGUGAUCAUGUGCCGCUUGUAAAUGAAGUGAGUGUCAGUAGCCAAAUGACGUGUGAUGAUAGAACUCUCACAACAGAGCCCUGCCAAACAGAUGAGGCUUUGAGCACUGAUCCCAAUAUCUCUGCUAGUCAACUCAACCAAACUCCAUACUCGGAUGAAAGCCAUAACUCUUUUCCCAAUUCACUCUUACUGCAGAGUGUUCAGGACCAAGGUGAUAAUGCAGCAAACACCGACUCCAAUCAGAGUCCUUCUCCAAGCAGGAGGAGAAAGAUGGGGUCGACUCGUAGGCAUCCUAGAGGUGUACAAAGAGAAGAGGAAGGCACAGAGGAGAAACAAGAAGGGGAAAUAGAAAGCACAGAGGAGAUAGAUGACAAGAGAGAAAAUAUGGAUGCAGUGGAAGGUUCUUGCAUGGAGUUUGAAAUGUUGAUGGAAUCUAAGGAUGGAGCUGGUAAUGAGAAGAAUGAAGGAGAAGAGAGAAAUGAGGAGACUGUCCUGACUGACCUCAGCUGGUCAUUCAGUACUUCAAAUCAAGAGGGAAGAAACAUAGAGGCUGACAAUAUAGAAAGUGAGAGCCAAUCAAUUAUAAAGGAAUCAAUGGACACAAAACUCUUGCUUCUACGUGAAGCAGAGUUGACUCAGAUUAGUCAAACUCUUCACAACCCUUACCCUGAUGUUCCUACUAGAGAGUCAUAUGACUCCUACCUGACCGAUGACACACUGAACUCAAAUCCUGCCAUCACUGGUUUGCAACACAAAGGAACAUCAUUGGAGGAAACACUUGAUGAAUCAAGAGGAAACACUGACUCCCCUCCAGAUCCACCCUCACUGCAGAGUUCUCUUGGUCCAGAGGAAACAGCAGAGGUAGAAUCCUACACUCCAGGGAGGAAAAGGAAGAUCGGUUCCACUCGCAGCAAGACUCAUCGAGGUAGAAAAGGAGAGGAGAGAAGAGAGGAGGGACAGGAGGAGGAGGAGAAAGGAGAAGACACAGAUGUUAUAGGAGAGGUGGGAGAUGUCAUUAUAACAGCAGAAAUGGAUUCUAGCAUAGAAAAGACUGAGCUUGUAGAGCUUGAGGAACUUCUAGAAAAAGUGACAGAGGAGCAGGCGAUGGGAGACCCAGUGAUCAUAGUAGUGGAGGGAGAGGUCAACAUAGUAGUAGAAGGAGAAUCUGGCAUCGAAAAGUCUGAGCUUGUAGAACAUACAGAAAAAGUUGGAGAGGCGGAGGAGAUAGAAGUAGAAGUGAAAAUAGUCGCAGAGAGCGAGAGCAACCAAACUCCCUCUGACACAGCAGCUCUUACAGUAGAGGCCCAAGAGUCAGGUGACAUGGUUUGUAUAGAGCCAUAUAUAACAUCACAAUACAUGGAAGACAAUAAUCCCUCAUUAAAUGACCUCACAGAAUUUAAUCUGUCUCAAACUGAAAACCCAUAUCUGCUGGAAUCACCUGACACUGCAAAGAAGAGAAGGAAAAGGGGUUCUACUCGUCGGAAUAAAGGUAAACAAGCAGAGACAGACUUUGGGGAGAAACAAGACGCCAAAACUGGAGACGCAGAAAAAUCCCUACAACUUCAGACGUCCAUUGCAGUUGUGGAAUCCUGGUCCUACAGCAACACAGAAGAGCUCCUGGGUCCAAAAGAAAGUGAAACGGACACUGAGAGUUUUUUGUUUGCUUCUAACACACUCGACCAACCGGAUGUCAGAUGUAAAGAGGAAGUUGGUGAGGAUAUUGAACCUGGUAGUGAAGCUGUGGCUAGUUAUAGCAGUGAAUUGCUUCAAGAUACUCUUGGAACCAAAUCACUCUUGCAUCUGCCCCUAGACCUUGCGUUGCAAGUUGUUCAUGGAUUCGCUGCUGAACCCAUAACAGAGGAGUUGAAGAAAGAGGAAGAGAGGAGGCAGGAAAGUGAGCAUGCCGAGGUGGAGUCCUCCACAUUUCUCAGCUCUAGGCAUUCAUUAGAUCAAUCCCUUGAGUCAGACACUUUAACCAACACAGAAGAGUUUGAGUCAUUCAAUAACACAAUAAUCCUCCAAAGUGGAGAAGGUCAAGAGAAACUUGAACCUGUUGUAAAUGAGUCAGAAUUGCAAGAUGAUAUUAACUCUACUGGUCCAGGCAAUCAGGAAACAUUGCACCAAAGAGAUGAAGAUGAGAACUUUGUUAAUCUGAUAGUUGAGGAAAAUAUUGUACUGGCAAAUAUAACUCAUUUUAGACAACCAUACCAUGUAGAAAGCUAUGAACCUGAACAAAGUGAGGAUAUUACCUGCUUUUUACAAUCAACCCCCUCAGACAGCUCUUUGGGUCAUGACAAAAGUGCUCAAUCAGAAUCCAGGAGAAGAAAGAUGGGUUCAACUCGCAGGAAUCCUAGAGGUAGACAUGAGGAGGAAGAACAUGGAGAGAGUAAGAUGCGUAGAUAUCGUCACCUUUAUGAUGAGGGAGAAGAGGUCAUAUUGGGAAAAGAAGAAAUGUUUGGCAUCGAAGAGACUGAGUUUGAAAUAUCUAUGGAGCCUAAAGAUAGCGCCAGUGUAGACGAGAAAGAAGGAGAGCAGAUGGAAAAGGAGAAUUUCCAAACAGAGGAAGACACAGAAAACAUAGAAGAGACAGGAAGGAGGUUAGAGUGGGACAUGGGAACAGUGGAAGGAUCUGGUGUUGAAACAUCGGAAAAGUCUCUGAUGUUAUUGGAACGGGAGCAUGGAGCAGAUGAGGAGAAGAAAGGAAUGGAAGAAGAAAGUCUGAUUGAACCCACCCCUUUUGAUCAAUACAUCGAUUCAUUUGGUAUUGCAGAACAAUUAUAUAACCAAGAGAAAGGCAACAGAUUCACUGUAGACUCUGUCAAUACAGAAACUGAGAGCAACAAUGAAGCAAGCAUGGCCCACAUAGUUGACCCAAGAGCGCCAUUCAGUGUUGGACUGGACCAAUCAGGAGACACUUUACUCAGGGAGGAAGAGGUUAGUGAUUUCACACUGCUUGUGAAUAAUUCUGAAGUGAGCAAGAGCAGCCAAAUAGCAUAUGACUGUGCUCUUACACUAGAGUCAGAUGACACUUUCAGCACUGAUCCCAAAAUCUCUCCUAGUCAACUCAUCCAAACUCCCUGUAUGGAAAUCACUAACCCCUUUCUCAACCCAUUAUUACCGCAGAGUAUUCAGGGGAAUGAGGAGGAUGCAAACACUGACCCCAAUACCACAGGGGGACUGGACACAUCAGAGGUCAUUUUACUCAGUGAAGAGGAAAUGAGUGAUCAUGUGCCGCUUGUAAAUGAAGUGAGUGUCAGUAGCCAAAUGACGUGUGAUGAUAGAACUCUCACAACAGAGCCCUGCCAAACAGAUGAGGCUUUGAGCACUGAUCCCAAUAUCUCUGCUAGUCAACUCAACCAAACUCCAUACUCGGAUGAAAGCCAUAACUCUUUUCCCAAUUCACUCUUACUGCAGAGUGUUCAGGACCAAGGUGAUAAUGCAGCAAACACCGACUCCAAUCAGAGUCCUUCUCCAAGCAGGAGGAGAAAGAUGGGGUCGACUCGUAGGCAUCCUAGAGGUGUACAAAGAGAAGAGGAAGGCACAGAGGAGAAACAAGAAGGGGAAAUAGAAAGCACAGAGGAGAUAGAUGACAAGAGAGAAAAUAUGGAUGCAGUGGAAGGUUCUUGCAUGGAGUUUGAAAUGUUGAUGGAAUCUAAGGAUGGAGCUGGUAAUGAGAAGAAUGAAGGAGAAGAGAGAAAUGAGGAGACUGUCCUGACUGACCUCAGCUGGUCAUUCAGUACUUCAAAUCAAGAGGGAAGAAACAUAGAGGCUGACAAUAUAGAAAGUGAGAGCCAAUCAAUUAUAAAGGAAUCAAUGGACACAAAACUCUUGCUUCUACGUGAAGCAGAGUUGACUCAGAUUAGUCAAACUCUUCACAACCCUUACCCUGAUGUUCCUACUAGAGAGUCAUAUGACUCCUACCUGACCGAUGACACACUGAACUCAAAUCCUGCCAUCACUGGUUUGCAACACAAAGGAACAUCAUUGGAGGAAACACUUGAUGAAUCAAGAGGAAACACUGACUCCCCUCCAGAUCCACCCUCACUGCAGAGUUCUCUUGGUCCAGAGGAAACAGCAGAGGUAGAAUCCUACACUCCAGGGAGGAAAAGGAAGAUCGGUUCCACUCGCAGCAAGACUCAUCGAGGUAGAAAAGGAGAGGAGAGAAGAGAGGAGGGACAGGAGGAGGAGGAGAAAGGAGAAGACACAGAUGUUAUAGGAGAGGUGGGAGAUGUCAUUAUAACAGCAGAAAUGGAUUCUAGCAUAGAAAAGACUGAGCUUGUAGAGCUUGAGGAACUUCUAGAAAAAGUGACAGAGGAGCAGGCGAUGGGAGACCCAGUGAUCAUAGUAGUGGAGGGAGAGGUCAACAUAGUAGUAGAAGGAGAAUCUGGCAUCGAAAAGUCUGAGCUUGUAGAACAUACAGAAAAAGUUGGAGAGGCGGAGGAGAUAGAAGUAGAAGUGAAAAUAGUCGCAGAGAGCGAGAGCAACCAAACUCCCUCUGACACAGCAGCUCUUACAGUAGAGGCCCAAGAGUCAGGUGACAUGGUUUGUAUAGAGCCAUAUAUAACAUCACAAUACAUGGAAGACAAUAAUCCCUCAUUAAAUGACCUCACAGAAUUUAAUCUGUCUCAAACUGAAAACCCAUAUCUGCUGGAAUCACCUGACACUGCAAAGAAGAGAAGGAAAAGGGGUUCUACUCGUCGGAAUAAAGGUAAACAAGCAGAGACAGACUUUGGGGAGAAACAAGACGCCAAAACUGGAGACGCAGAAAAAUCCCUACAACUUCAGACGUCCAUUGCAGUUGUGGAAUCCUGGUCCUACAGCAACACAGAAGAGCUCCUGGGUCCAAAAGAAAGUGAAACGGACACUGAGAGUUUUUUGUUUGCUUCUAACACACUCGACCAACCGGAUGUCAGAUGUAAAGAGGAAGUUGGUGAGGAUAUUGAACCUGGUAGUGAAGCUGUGGCUAGUUAUAGCAGUGAAUUGCUUCAAGAUACUCUUGGAACCAAAUCACUCUUGCAUCUGCACCUAGACCUUGCGUUGCAAGUUGUUCAUGGAUUCGCUGCUGAACCCAUAACAGAGGAGUUGAAGAAAGAGGAAGAGAGGAGGCAGGAAAGUGAGCAUGCCGAGGUGGAGUCCUCCACAUUUCUCAGCUCUAGGCAUUCAUUAGAUCAAUCCCUUGAGUCAGACACUUUAACCAACACAGAAGAGUUUGAGUCAUUCAAUAACACAAUAAUCCUCCAAAGUGGAGAAGGUCAAGAGAAACUUGAACCUGUUGUAAAUGAGUCAGAAUUGCAAGAUGAUAUUAACUCUACUGGUCCAGGCAAUCAGGAAACAUUGCACCAAAGAGAUGAAGAUGAGAACUUUGUUAAUCUGAUAGUUGAGGAAAAUAUUGUACUGGCAAAUAUAACUCAUUUUAGACAACCAGACCAUGUAGAAAGCUAUGAACCUGAACAGAGUGAGGAUAUUACCUGCUUUUUACAAUCAACCCCCUCAGACAGCUCUUUGGGUCAUGACAAAAGUGCUCAAUCAGAAUCCAGGAGAAGAAAGAUGGGUUCAACUCGCAGGAAUCCUAGAGGUAGACAUGAGGAGGAAGAACAUGGAGAGAGUAAGAUGCGUAGAUAUCGUUACCUUUAUGAUGAGGGAGAAGAGGUCAUAUUGGGAAAAGAAGAAAUAUUUGGCAUCGAAGAGACUGAGUUUGAAAUAUCUAUGGAGCCUAAAGAUAGCGCAAGUGUAGACGAGAAAGAAGGAGAGCAGAUGGAAAAGGAGAAUUUCCAAACAGAGGAAGACACAGAAAACAUAGAAGAGACAGGAAGGAGGUUAGAGUGGGACAUGGGAACAGUGGAAGGAUCUGGUGUUGAAACAUCGGAAGAGUCUCUGAUGUUAUUGGAACGGGAGCAUGGAGCAGAUGAGGAGAAGAAAGGAAUGGAAGAAGAAAGUCUGAUUGAACCCACCCCUUUUGAUCAAUACAUCGAUUCAUUUGGUAUUGCAGAACAAUUAUAUAACCAAGAGAAAGGCAACAGAUUCACUGUAGACUCUGUCAAUACAGAAACUGAGAGCAACAAUGAAGCAAGCAUGGCCCACAUAGUUGACCCAAGAGCGCCAUUCAGUGUUGGACUGGACCAAUCAGGAGACACUUUACUCAGGGAGGAAGAGGUUAGUGAUUUCACACUGCUUGUGAAUAAUUCUGAAGUGAGCAAGAGCAGCCAAAUAGCAUAUGACUGUGCUCUUACACUAGAGUCAGAUGACACUUUCAGCACUGAUCCCAAAAUCUCUCCUAGUCAACUCAUCCAAACUCCCUGUAUGGAAAUCACUAACCCCUUUCUCAACCCAUUAUUACCGCAGAGUAUUCAGGGGAAUGAGGAGGAUGCAAACACUGACCCCAAUACCACAGGGGGACUGGACACAUCAGAGGUCAUUUUACUCAGUGAAGAGGAAAUGAGUGAUCAUGUGCCGCUUGUAAAUGAAGUGAGUGUCAGUAGCCAAAUGACGUGUGAUGAUAGAACUCUCACAACAGAGCCCUGCCAAACAGAUGAGGCUUUGAGCACUGAUCCCAAUAUCUCUGCUAGUCAACUCAACCAAACUCCAUACUCGGAUGAAAGCCAUAACUCUUUUCCCAAUUCACUCUUACUGCAGAGUGUUCAGGACCAAGGUGAUAAUGCAGCAAACACCGACUCCAAUCAGAGUCCUUCUCCAAGCAGGAGGAGAAAGAUGGGGUCGACUCGUAGGCAUCCUAGAGGUGUACAAAGAGAAGAGGAAGGCACAGAGGAGAAACAAGAAGGGGAAAUAGAAAGCACAGAGGAGAUAGAAGACAAGAGAGAAAACAUGGAUGCAGUGGAAGGUUCUUGCAUGGAGUUUGAAAUGUUGAUGGAAUCUAAGGAUGGAGCUGGUAAUGAGAAGAAUGAAGGAGAAGAGAGAAAUGAGGAGACUGUCCUGACUGACCUCAGCUGGUCAUUCAGUACUUCAAAUCAAGAGGGAAGAAACAUAGAGGCUGACAAUAUAGAAAGUGAGAGCCAAUCAAUUAUAAAGCACUCAAUGGACACAAAACUCUUGCUUCUACGUGAAUCAGAUUUCGCUGAGAUUAGGGAAACUCUUCACAACCCUGAUGUUCCUACUCUUGAGUCCCAUCUGACUGAUGACACACUGAUUUCAACAGAUAAAGUUAGAGAGGUGGAGGAGAUAGAAGUAGAAGUGAAAAUAGUAAUGGAGAGCCAGAGCAUCCAAACUCCCUCUGACGCAGCAGCUCUUACAGUAGAGGCCCAAGAGUCAGGUGACAUGGUUUGUAUAGACCCUCAUAUCUCUGCUAUUCAACUUACCCAAACAGCAGACAUGGAACAAUGUCUGUUAACACAAAGUAAUAGCCCCAGUCUUCCUUCGAAAUCAUCUCUGUCUCUGAGUUCCCAAUCUCGCGAGGUUGUUGGUGAAUCCAAAGCUACAGGGAAUAGAAGAAAGAUGGGCUUUACUCAUCGGACACAGGGAGGACUCCACGCAGAGGAAGAGAAGCAGGAGACAGGAGAAAAUAUAACAGAGGCAGUGGUCAGAGCGGAAACCAUCGGAAAUCCAGAAGUCAAUGCUGUUUUGGAAAGAUUUCAAGAGGAGCGCAGGGCUGAAGCUGUCAGUCUGGAGGACCAACAGGAGAUACAGAGCACAGAGAAGGAGACAAUACUCAUAGAGGUGGUUGCCUCAAGCACUGUUUUGAGUGGAAAAGGGUCUGAACCAGUGGCUCCAGCUCCACAGCCAGGCCCUGGGAAUAAAAGAGGUCAAGAAAAGGCAGAGCGUGUGGAGAAGCCCCCGGGUACCUUCGGAAGCUCUGGCUCUAGUUCAAACCCCUACAACGUGGUGAUGGUUGGAAACAGCAGUGUGGGCAAAACCUCCUUCAUGAGGCGUUUCCAAAGUGGAGAGUUCUGUCUGCACCACGAUGCAACCAUUGGUAUUGAUACCUGUAUACAGUCUGUGACAGUGGAUGCAAGCCCAGUGACUCUACAGUUAUGGGAUACUGCAGGUCAGGAAAGAUUCCACAGCAUCACCAGACAAGUGUUCCACAAAGCCCAGGGUCUAAUGCUGAUGUAUGACAUCACUUCCUCUCAGAGCUUCUGUGACAUCUGCUACUGGGUCAAUUGCAUUCAGGAGGGGGCUCCAGAUGAUGUCAUCGUUAUACUCCUUGGGAACAAGACUGAUUGUGCUGAUCUAGAACGAGAGGUUCAGACUCAUGAAGGGGAGAACCUUGCAAAGGGGUACGACAUGCUCUUUAUGGAGUGUAGUGCUGCAACAGGUGACAAUGUGACUCUGUCUAUGGAAACUCUGGCAAGGAUGCUAAAGCAGCUGGGUGAGCAGACAAGACAAGAAGAGGGAAGCUUGGUGUUGCAGAAAGAACCCCCAAAGAAGAAAUCGGGCUGCUGCUGAUCAAGGUGGAGAAGAUUGGUACAUGUCAUAAUCUGCAGCACAUACACGCACGCACAUACGCACCCACGUACACACACACAUGCAUUUGUGCCCUAUAUGCUCUUAUGAUUGUAUUUUUACUUCUAAAUGUUCUAUAUGUAAUAUAUCAGAUUUAAAUUAAAAAAACAUUUGUCAAUGCAUGCCAAAGCAUAUACUGUAGUGGUAGUAAUGUGACGCUUGAGAUGAUUCUCCCUUUUCUACUUCUUUCAAACACUGUUUGUGGGGGGAAAAAUAUAUUUAUUCAAUUAUGAAGAGAUAUAUAUUCAUACCAACACUAUUUAUUUACAGUAGAUAGUGUCAUAUUACAAUUUAUUGUUGUGUUUCUUUUUGCUUGUAAAACAUCCACCUAUGCAGUUUAUACAAGCCUAAUAAAUACAUAAGACAUUCAA